CACCUUCGCCGUACCUCUGUUUCUGUUGACGAAAAAUCAGCGUCCACGAGAAAGGAAGCGCAAAACACAACAGAGGCAUUAAGGUCGGUCCCCAAACCCCAGCGGUCGCGAGACUCCGGCCGUCCAUGAUCACCGGAGAGCUGUCCAUGGCCGCCCUCCUACCUUGCGCCCGCGUCGCUCUGGCGCCGUCCGUCUCCGUCGCCGGCAGCAUUGGCAGCUCGUCGCUGCGCUGGACCCUGCCCGUCCCCUCGCUGCGCCGGCGCGGCAGCCCGACGCUCAAGCACGUGGUACGCGCCAGCAAGGGCGCCGCGGAUCAGCCCGACCCGCCCGCAGACCCGGAGGGGGACGGCGGCGACGAGGAGGAAAACCCCAAGAUGGUGAACGCCGAAGAGAUUUAUGCAGAACUCGAGAAGUUCAAAGAGGAGUAUGCAGCAAAGAAGGGUCUUCCUUACGAAAAAAGAGAUAUGACUGAUGAGAUGUUCUACAACGAGAAGUGGAAAAUAUAUAAGUAUAUUCGGGAGAUGAUUUCUUCCAAUCCAAGCAUUUUGCAUGUGGAAACCGCCCUGUCUCAGGAACUGUGCAUCCAGGCUGGUGACGCUCUGGAUUUGGCUAAAAAUAUCGUGUAUAGUGCAUCUUACAGGCUCAAGCGGCCAAGUGAAAUUUCCGUGAAUACAACGGAGCAGAUGGUUCGGAUCUAUGCUUCCACCUUCAUGAAAACCGCCGAGGACGUCUACCAUGGGAAGACCAACACGGCAACCCUCUGUUAUUAUCUCGACGCUCUCGGAGGUUUGGCUGCGAUCAGCCACAUCUUAUUCGUCGACACUCUAGACGCCGUGAACGAUGUACUGCUCGAAGACGGUAAACCGAAGCACAGCCCCGACGUCGACGCAGAGGCUGCUUACCGCAGGUUUGAGCAGAAACUGUCUCUUCCGGAGCGGAAGGUUUGGGCGAGGGGUUUACUGUUCAAACCAUGCGAGAUUCUGGAGCAGAUAGUCUGCCCUGCGACGAAGCACACGAGGCAGUUCAUUGCACAGAUGAUUCGGCUGCGCAAGGAUGCGCUGAACCAAGUCCCAGAUGAGCACAAAAUUCGAUCGGACCGGCUCUGACGAGAACUAUGUUAGUACUACAUGCUAAGCUUAGAUGCAUGUAUUGUUUCAGAAGGAAUGGUGUGCCAGUGAUCAGAUCAUGUGCUAAGGCCUGUGUAACCUCUAUUCAGCGCCUCCGUUAUGCCGGAUUUCUCUUGAAUUGUCGUAGUUUCAUACAGUAUAUCCUUCUGUUGGGGAAUUAUGUGUUAAGUAUACUACUUAAGAUUACUUUUCGGAUUUGUGUGAUUAAUCGAGUAUGCCCUUUUAUAUUA